AUGAAGCCGUUAACUAAGCCCGAACCUCUUCAACACAUUUCGUUCCAAUUUAAAACUCUACAGUUACUUGGAUUAUGGUUUUAUAUACCACAUGAUUUUAAUUGUUUAAAAUUUUGGUUACACAUAAUGUGUAGAGUUAUCACGGGUAUUUUUGUUUUUAUUAUACCACCUCUCGGACAAAGUAUAUGUGUAAUAAAAUUGAUCUUGUCUCGAGAUGCUGAAAUACAAGAAAUUGCUGGGAUAAUAAAUUUGGUUUUGACAGAAAUGUUGACUUCUUUAAAAUUACUGGAUUUACGUUGCCGGCGCUCUUUGCUGACUGAGUUAAAGGAACAAAUGGAAGGAAGCGAAUUCUUGCAUUUUCACCGACCACAAAUAGAUUUUAUAGAAAAAAGUGUUAAGGUUUCUGAGCAGCUAUUUGUUUGGCUCACUAUUGGUGUAGUUAUCGAUAUUACAGUUCAUAUAAUCAUUGUUCCAGCGGUACAUAGGUUUCAAUUUUUACCCGUUAAAAUGGAUUUUAUAUUUUUUGAUGUAUACAAAUAUCCAUACUUCGACAUCAUUUUUAUAUACCAGAUCUUAUAUAAACCGACUCUGCUUUUGACUUUUGUGGCUAUUCAGACAUUACGUUGGGGAUUCCUGUUAUGUACAAUCAGCCAGUUAGAUGUUUUAAUUUACAAUUUAAAAGGUAUGAAAAAACUUGAUGAAGGAGAAAAUUUUCUGGACCAUGAAUCGUUUGAUGGGGUUUUUAAAAGAAACGUUAUUCAUCAUUGUGCUAUAAUAAAAUUUAUAAAAACAUUCGAAGCUGCUUUUGGAGGACAAUUUCUUUUAUUUUUCAUAUUCAAUUCAUUCAUAAUAGGAACGACAGCUAUAGAGUUUUUUUCGAUACAAAAUCCGCUAAACCAUGUCGUUGAUAUUUUUUGGAUAUUUGGAUUUCUUUUCAUGAUGAUCAUUAUCCUUUUUAUUGACUGCUAUUUCGGAAGUAUUAUAACAGAGAAGAACUCGUAUAUAUCAAUGGUUGUGUAUUGUCACCCGUGGAUCAAUUUACCAAAGAACACAAAGAAGAAUCUUAUCAUUUUUAUUAGUCGAAACCAACGAACCUUAACAAUAAAUGCCGCAAAACUCGUACCUGUUUCCUUGACAACGUUCACCAAGGUUAUGAACUGGACAUACAAAUGUUUCGCUUUAUUGAAUCAAAUGAAGGAUUAA